AUGUCCUCCAACGUCGGCCUCUCCACGCCCCGCGGCAGCGGCACCUCGGGCUACGUGCAACGCAACCUCUCGGUCCUCAAGCCACGCGCCGCGGGCGCGGGCCAACCCUACAACCUCGCCAGCAGCAAAGACACGGCGCCCCGGGCGCGGAAGCCCGACCAGCACAUCCUUCAACACGACCGCCUGCGCGCCAUCGAAGUCAAAGUCCUCGAGCUGCGCGACAAGCUCGAGGACGAGGGCAAGUUGGACGACGACGCGAUCGAGGAUCAGUGUGAGAAGCUGCGCGGGGAGUUGACGAGGGAGUUGGAGAGUGGGAAGGGCAGGACGGGCAAAGGGGGUGGGAAUAGAUUGAAGAGUUACCAGGUGCAUGAGAUGGCCGAGGCCAAGGAGCGGGAGAGCGAGCGGUUGCGGAGGGCGUUGGGCUUGAAGGGCGAUGAGGGAAGGGAGGAUGGCGAGCAUCCGAUGGCGAGGCAGGAGAGGAGACGGCAGAAGAGGGAGAUGGAGGAGGCGGGUAAGGAGAGGAAGGAAGCUGUGGAUGAGGAUGACCGAUGA